UCGAUUGAAAAUUCCUUCCACAUUAUCAUUCCGGUACCUCUGUCAAAACCUGGUGAUUCAUACAAGUUUACUUUUCUCAAGGUCACUUGUAGAGAUCCAAAUUUCAACAUUGAAGGCCAUGAUCGAGAGGUCGACCUUGCCAUCGUCUAUUGGCUUAUCUUUUUAAGAUAUUACGACCAGGCUAUGGAAUACGUUUCCUUGUACACGAGCGUUGCUUUCCAACUUUCAGAGAUUGAAUUGGGUAUUUUGCGAAAUAUCCUCGAAAUCAAAUACCGCGAUCUCGAAUACAGUGUGACAAAAACCUGGGCAAACCAUCUGCUUGAUGAGAAUGGCAUCUUUUUCGAACGCUCUUUGAAUGAAGAGGAUGGGGUCAAAAAAAUUUCCGACAUUGCGAAUUUGAUUCCCAUUAUCCCAUUCAACCAUAAAAGGCUUCUUUUCUCCUUCCUUCCUAAUAUCACCGAAGACACGCACAUUUGGGCAUAUUCUAACAAGCUGAAAAUCGAUUCUGGUAUUGGAAACCCCGCAGAGUUCAAAGCAAACAUCCCCAGCCUUAAAAAUGCUAUCCAAGAUGAUGAAUAUCAAAAGUCUUAUUCUACACCUUGGAAAAUAAAACUGAAUCUUUUGGAGGCAAAUGAACAUUUUACUUUUUUCGAGUGCCUCAUUUUUCUAUAUGGCCUAGCUAAAUCCUCCAAAAAUUUAGCUGAUUUUAAGAGCAGGUUUAAUUCCGAAUAUCUCGAUUUUAUACGAUUCAAUUUUCAAACGAAUUAUGAUAGCCCGGAAAGUAAAUUUGCCUCCCUUUCUCGCGUCAUUUUUGCGGUUUUCAAUAAUUUUUCAGAUCAGAAAAAACUCUCGAUCUUCUUUUCUGAAUUGAAAAGAAACAUCUUUCCUCAAGAAGUGUUCGACAUUUAUCAAAAAUACAAGGGAUUCAAAUUGCCUCCUUCUUUUGAGCAAUUGAGGAAGAUUUCUCAGAAACUCCCAUCACCUCCUGCCGACUAUGAAAAUCUCCUAAACAUAACCAUGCAAAGGAACGCUCUUUCAUCUGAUUUCUUCAAGGCAAAUGCGAGCUUUACAUUCUUUAGUGAUGCUGCUUCCCUUGAACAGAAAUUGAAAUCAAUAGUGUCUACUGAGGAGUUUCUUUAUGGGUUUCCCCUGGGAGCCUUAAAAGACCCCAGGCUUGUCGCCCAAAUACUGCUAUGCGGGUCGGUUGAAGAACUCAAGACCUUGUUCACAGUUAGUUCUGAAAAGGUCCCAGAGCUGCUUGAUCUUUUGUGGUCCCAUUUCAUCACAUUCUUUUAUUGCAAAUCUUUUCCUCUGCAAAACAACACUUUUUGCCAGGCCUGGGUCCAGAAAAAACAAUCUUUUUCUCAGCAAGCAGGAGAAAUGCCUGGUCAAAAAUUACCGGUCACGCUGCAUGACAAGGUUUUCAUUCUUAUCGAGUUUUUCACGAAAUAUCCCUUGUAUGAAGAACAGAGGACCAUUAUGUCCACCAUUUUGGACAAGAUGAUGCACGGAGGGUCGUAUGUUGUGCAACAGGGCAUGGCUGGCGGAAAAACCACGC